AUGGAGCCGGGGGGCCGGGCCCGCAUUGGCCCCCCGCAGCUGGCGGCCCCGGGGCUGUGGAGGGCUCGGCCGGCGGGCGGCGGCGGCGGCGGUGGCGCCUCCUCCUGGCUGCUGGACGGGAACAGCUGGCUGCUGUGCUAUGGCUUCCUCUACCUGGCCCUCUACGCGCAGGUGUCCCAGUCCAAGCCGUGCGAGAGGACCGGCUCCUGCUUCUCGGGCCGCUGUGUCAACUCCACUUGCCUCUGCGACCCGGGCUGGGUGGGGGACCAGUGCCAGCACUGCCAGGGCAGGUUCAAGUUAACAGAACCUUCUGGAUAUUUAACAGAUGGUCCAAUUAACUAUAAAUAUAAAACUAAAUGCACUUGGCUAAUUGAAGGCUAUCCAAAUGCAGUGUUAAGAUUAAGAUUCAAUCAUUUUGCAACAGAAUGUAGCUGGGAUCAUAUGUAUGUUUAUGAUGGAGAUUCAAUAUAUGCACCUUUAAUAGCGGUUCUUAGUGGUUUGAUUGUUCCUGAAAUCCGGGGAAAUGAAACUGUGCCUGAAGUUGUUACAACAUCUGGCUAUGCACUGUUACAUUUUUUUAGUGAUGCUGCAUAUAAUCUAACUGGUUUCAACAUUUUUUAUUCAAUUAAUUCUUGUCCUAACAAUUGCUCUGGUCAUGGGAAGUGUACAACUAGUAUUUCUGUUCCAAGUCAAGUGUACUGUGAAUGUGAUAAAUACUGGAAGGGUGAAGCUUGUGAUAUUCCUUAUUGUAAAGCCAAUUGCGGCAGUCCUGAUCAUGGUUACUGCGACCUAACAGGAGAAAAACUGUGCGUCUGCAAUGAUAGUUGGCAAGGUCCUGAUUGUUCUUUGAAUGUUCCUUCUACUGAGUCAUACUGGAUUUUGCCAAAUGUUAAACCCUUCAGUCCUUCUGUAGGUCGGGCUUCCCAUAAAGCAGUUUUACAUGGGAAAUUUAUGUGGGUGAUUGGUGGAUAUACUUUUAACUACAGUUCUUUUCAAAUGGUCCUGAAUUAUAAUUUGGAAAGCAGUAUAUGGAAUGUAGGAAGUCUAUCAAGGGGUCCUCUCCAGAGAUAUGGACACUCUCUUGCUUUAUAUCAGGAAAACAUCUUUAUGUAUGGAGGCAGAAUUGAAACAAAUGAUGGCAAUGUCACAGACGAAUUAUGGGUUUUUAACGUACAUAGUCAGUCAUGGAGUACAAAAACUCCUACUGUGCUUGGACAUGGUCAGCAGUAUGCUGUGGAAGGACAUUCAGCACACAUUAUGGAGUUGGAUAGUAGAGAUGUUGUCAUGAUCAUAAUAUUUGGAUAUUCGGCAAUAUAUGGUUAUACAAGCAGCAUACAGGAAUACCAUAUCUCAUCAAACACUUGGCUUGUUCCAGAAACUAAAGGAGCUAUUGUUCAAGGUGGAUAUGGCCAUACCAGUGUGUAUGAUGAAAUAACAAAGUCCAUUUAUGUUCAUGGAGGCUAUAAAGCAUUACCAGGCAAUAAAUAUGGAUUGGUAGAUGAUCUUUAUAAGUAUGAAGUUAACACUAAGACUUGGACUAUUUUGAAAGAAAGUGGGUUUGCCAGAUACCUUCAUUCAGCUGUUCUUAUCAAUGGAGCUAUGCUUAUUUUUGGAGGAAAUACCCAUAAUGACACUUCCUUGAGUAACGGUGCAAAAUGUUUUUCUGCCGAUUUCCUGGCAUAUGACAUAGCUUGUGAUGAAUGGAAAAUAUUACCAAAACCAAAUCUUCAUAGAGAUGUCAACAGAUUCGGACACUCUGCAGUUGUUAUUAAUGGGUCCAUGUAUAUAUUUGGAGGAUUUUCUAGUGUGCUCCUUAAUGAUAUCCUUGUUUACAAGCCUCCAAAUUGCAAGGCUUUCAGAGAUGAAGAACUUUGUAAGAAUGCUGGUCCUGGAAUAAAAUGUAUUUGGAAUAAAAAUCACUGUGAAUCUUGGGAAUCUGGAAAUAGUAAUAAUAUCCUUAGGGCAAAAUGCCCUCCUAAAACAGCUGCUCCUGAUGACAGAUGCUACAGAUACGCAGACUGUGCCAGCUGUGCUGCCAAUACCAACGGGUGCCAGUGGUGUGAUGACAAGAAAUGCAUUUCUGCAAACAGCAACUGCAGUGUGUCUGUGAAAAACUACACCAAAUGUCAUGUGAGAAAUGAGCAGAUUUGUAACAAACUUACCAGCUGUAAAAGCUGUUCACUAAACUUGAAUUGCCAGUGGGAUCAGCGACAACAAGAAUGCCAGGCUUUACCAGCUCAUCUUUGUGGAGAAGGAUGGAAUCAUAUUGGUGAUGCUUGUCUUAGAAUCAAUUCCAGUAGAGAAAGCUAUGACAAUGCAAAACUUUAUUGUUACAAUCUCAGCGGAAAUCUUGCUUCAUUAACAACAUCAAAAGAAGUAGAAUUUGUUCUGGAUGAAAUACAAAAGUAUACGCAACAGAAAGUAUCACCGUGGGUAGGCUUGCGCAAGAUCAAUAUAUCCUACUGGGGAUGGGAAGACAUGUCUCCUUUUACAAACACGACGCUGCAGUGGCUUCCUGGUGAACCGAAUGAUUCUGGGUUCUGUGCAUAUCUGGAAAAGGCUGCGGUGGCAGGCCUGAAAGCGAAUCCUUGUACAUCGAUGGCAGAUGGCCUCAUCUGUGAAAAACCUGUUGUCAGUCCGAAUCAAAAUGCAAGGCCAUGCAAAAAGCCGUGCUCUCUACGGACAUCCUGCUCCAACUGCACCAGCAACGGCAUGGAGUGUAUGUGGUGCAGUAGCACGAGGCGCUGCGUUGACUCCAAUGCCUACAUAAUCUCUUUUCCAUACGGACAGUGUCUGGAGUGGCAAACGGCCACCUGCUCUCCUCAAAAUUGUUCUGGAUUGAGAACCUGUGGGCAUUGUUUGGAGCAGCCUGGGUGUGGCUGGUGCAAUGAUCCUAGUAAUACAGGAAGAGGACACUGCAUUGAAGGAUCUUCACGGGGACCAAUGAAGCUUGUUGGGAUGCACAAUAAUGAGAUGAUUCUUGACACCAGUCUUUGUCCUAAAGAAAAAAACUAUGAGUGGUCGUUUAUCCAGUGUCCAGCUUGCCAGUGUAAUGGACAUAGCACGUGCAUCAAUAACAAUGUGUGUGAACAGUGUAAAAAUCUUACCACAGGAAAGCAGUGUCAAGACUGUAUGCCAGGUUAUUAUGGGGAUCCGACUAAUGGAGGACAGUGCACAGCUUGUACAUGCAGUGGCCAUGCAAAUAUUUGUCACAUGCACACAGGAAAAUGUUUCUGCACAACGAAAGGAAUCAAAGGUGAUCAAUGCCAACUAUGUGACUCUGAAAAUCGCUAUGUAGGUAAUCCACUUAGAGGAACAUGUUAUUACAGCCUUUUGAUUGACUAUCAGUUUACCUUCAGCUUAUUACAGGAAGAUGAUCGCCACCAUACUGCCAUAAACUUCAUAGCGAACCCAGAACAGUCAAACAAAAAUUUGGAUAUUUCAAUUAAUGCAUCAAACAACUUUAAUCUCAACAUUACAUGGUCAGUUGGUUCAACAGCUGGAACAAUAUCCGGAGAGGAGACUCCUAUUGUUUCCAAAACUAAUAUAAAGGAAUACAGAGAUAGCUUUUCCUAUGAAAAAUUUAACUUUAGAAGCAAUCCUAACAUUACAUUCUAUGUGUACGUCAGCAACUUUUCCUGGCCUAUUAAAAUACAGAUUGCAUUCUCACAACACAAUACAAUCAUGGAUCUUGUGCAGUUUUUUGUCACCUUCUUCAGUUGUUUUUUAUCCUUAUUGCUGGUAGCUGCAGUGGUGUGGAAGAUCAAACAAACAUGCUGGGCUUCUCGACGGAGAGAGCAACUGCUUCGAGAACGACAGCAGAUGGCCAGCCGUCCCUUUGCUUCUGUUGAUGUUGCACUGGAAGUAGGAGCCGAACAAGCAGAGUUUCUGCGAGGGCCAUUAGAGGGAGCACCCAAGCCCAUAGCCAUUGAACCAUGUGCUGGGAACAGAGCUGCUGUUCUGACUGUGUUUCUUUGUCUCCCUCGAGGAUCAUCAGGUGCCCCUCCUCCUGGACAGUCAGGCCUUGCAAUUGCCAGUGCCCUAAUAGAUAUUUCACAACAGAAGCCUUCAGAUAGUAAAGACAAGACUUCGGGAGUCCGAAAUCGAAAACACCACCUCUCAACACGUCAGGGAACUUGUGUCUGAGAAACAGAAGCUGCUCCUGGAUAUUCCGAAAUGUUUCGAUUUUGUAAAAUGACGUCCAUUAAGGCUAGUCUGUGGCCUCAGUUUUUAUGGAGGCGAAUCUCCGUAUGGUCCCAGGGCUCACGUACAGUUCCCUCCGAAUGGGCAAUGACCCGAGUGGCCAGAGAAUGUUCGUGACUUUUAUGAAAGUAACAGUAUUGAUGGUCACGGACGAUAAAGUCAGUUUUUACGACUCUCUUAGGCUUAUCAUAGAUAACAUUAAAUUACGCUGGAAAAAGAUGUAUAUUGUUUCUUAAUGCAGAUGAAAAUAUGUAAUUCAUAUAAACCAAACUGUUUAUAUCCCAAGACUUUAAAGAAAGACAUUUUAUAAUGCCUGGAUGAUGAGAAUUGUACAGUUUUUGCCUCAUAAGCAAACUUAAAUCACUUGUAUAUGAACAGGAAAUGAGCAAAUUGCAAUGGCUUUAAAUGCUGUUUUAUCUCACUGUAAAUGUAAAAGCAAGAUUUUGGUUUAGUAGGAUGUAGGUAGUAUAUUUAAAUAUUCCACAUGACCAUAUCGUGUCUACACUCGGUUUGAGAAUGUGACUAUUUUCCACCUAACGGGAACGCAGACCACAACUGGUCACAUUUGGAUGGAUGGCGUGUGCAACUUCACAGGAGGUUUAUUAGAAUUCUGAGUGAAAAGGACAUUCCUGUCAUCCACGCCAACUGCCUAACUCAUUAUCAGAGCUGAUAGAGCAUGGAAAAACCUGUCCAGCAAUCAAUGUUUCCCCUCCUUCCAAAAACCCUCUGAUACCGAACCUGGAGAGAGCUGAAAUGGUUAUUUUAGUGUGUGCAAGCUUCAGCUCUACUGUGGUAAUUAUUUUAAUUGGUUAGGAAUCAUUGGAUCAGACCUAAAUGAUCCAUCUGCAUUUUGUAAGAACAGAUCAUCUUCUGUUGGCCUUCCUCUCCUAGCUGCUCAAUUUUUAUCUAUCCUUUGCAGAUAUUAUGAAAAGUAUUUUAGAGGUGACACCUCCCAAGGUUUAACGUGAUCCAGGUCCCUUCCCACCAGCCAUCCAUUUAGAAUACAAGUAGAUGUCUACAGUAUCCUUAUUUCUAACCUCGACACGUUGAUGUCACGAGAGGAAGUUUCCAGUUUAGAAAAUAAGUUCAUCACUGCCCACAUUGACCAUAUUCUUAACAAUUCACAAAUCUGAAUCAUGGCAGAAAGGAAAAAUGAUUUCAAAGCGCUUUCACAUUGGGACAUAGAAUCCUUGGUGUCCUCAUUUGGACAACACUUCGCUAGAACUCAGUAGCAUUAUCAGAUCUCGUUUGAAAUGUUUUCUCCACCUCAGGGGGACGACAGGAUAUGUGUAGAAAGCAGUGACAGAGAUAUCCAAAGCUGCCUCAUACAACACAGCUUCAUUCACUAUAAAAGUCAUUUCAAUAUAAUUGAUGUUUAGUACUAUCUAUGUACUUUUCACAUUCUUUGGAUUUCUGGAAGGUAAACCACUUUACUGUUUACAGCUGACGGAUGCAUAGUUCUUUGCAUGCUGUGAUCGUGCAGUAGCAGAAUAUGUCCCUAUUGUGAUACUCAAUGUUUAUUUCAUGAUGCCAUUUAUACAUAGCUUCAUUCAAUGAGGACUGAAUGUAAUAUAGAAGAGGAAUGACCAUACAAUAGGUAGUUGCAUUGUAUAUACGAUUGCUAGGUUGCAUCCAGCCAUGACUAUCAUUGUUUUGAUAAUUAGGUACUUGCUAAUUAUAGUAUAUAUUCUUUAUGUUGGCAUGAUAAUUUUGCUAUUUUCUAUGCAUUAAAAAUAAGACUAAUUCUUAGAAUAAUUAAUCUAUAGCCUGUGGGUUUUUUGGGAGAGGGGGCGGGAGUGGAGCUGGUUGUUUUUGCCUCCCUGUGAUGUUCUCUCUCUCUCAAAAAAAAAAAAAAAGAGCAAAGUUUGUAAAUGUCUCCUAAAAACAAUCAAGUAAUUUUAUUAGCUUCUUUUUGGACCCUUUAAAUGUUGAUUUUUCUCCUGGAGAAAUAAAUUGACAAAACUGGUGA